UUCCAAUUUCCUAAAUCCUAAUCCACAGACCACAGAAGAAACCAUCACCACAGUCCACAUACAAGAUUUAAUUGGUUAGUUUAACCAAUAUAGGUAUGUGUCACGAAAGGAAGAAAAGCUAAUAUGUCAUCAGACAAUUGCCCACUUGUAUGGUGAAAGAUUCACCAUUCACACUCCAUGCUUUGGAAAAGAGGAAAAGCCAAUUUUCUUCACGGGUAAUCUCAAGCCCCACUCCGUUUUCCAGUUCAAAAGUUUACACAGUAGCAAGAAAGAUCCACAAAUUCAGAAUAAAACCAAAGAAAAGUCUGGGAAAACGGGGUGAAGAGCGGAAAUGUCAAAAGGCUCUUCUUUUGCCUCUUCUUGUGAGACUAUCAACCGAUACAAGGAUCCCAAACUCGCCCAAGAUUGUGUUUCUUGAGCUGGGUUUUUCGUAGGUUUUGGUUCUUUCCAGACGGGCUUUUUCAAUUUUUUUUUUUUUUUUUUUUUUUUUUUGUUGGUUACGUCGCUGAUGGAAUCGAGCUCUGGUGCGGCUGAUCAUGGCGGCCAUGGUCAUAGCAACAUCAGGGGAAUACCUAUUCAUGGCGGGCGCUAUGUGCAGUACAAUGUAUAUGGGCACCUUUUUGAAGUUCCUAGAAAGUAUGUCCCCCCUAUUAGGCCAGUGGGUCGUGGCGCUUACGGCAUCGUUUGUGCCGCUAUGAACUCAGAGACAGGUGAGGAAGUUGCCAUCAAGAAGAUUGGCAAUGCCUUUGAUAAUAGAAUAGAUGCCAAAAGGACACUGCGAGAGAUAAAGCUUCUUCGUCACAUGGAUCAUGAUAAUGUAAUGUCCAUUAAAGACAUAAUACGGCCCCUGAAUAAAGAAAACUUCAAUGAUGUCUACAUUGUUUCUGAACUGAUGGAUACUGAUCUUCAUCAGAUUAUCAAAUCAAACCAGCCUUUGACUGAUGAUCAUUGUCGGUACUUCCUGUACCAAAUAUUACGUGGCCUCAAGUAUGUUCAUUCUGCCAAUAUAUUGCACCGAGACCUAAAGCCUAGCAAUUUGCUUCUCAAUGCUAAUUGUGACCUGAAGAUAGCUGAUUUUGGGCUCGCAAGGACAACAUCCGAGACAGAUUUCAUGACUGAAUAUGUUGUAACUCGUUGGUAUCGUGCUCCAGAAUUGCUGUUGAACUGUUCAGAAUACACAGCAGCAAUUGAUAUUUGGUCAGUUGGUUGCAUACUUGGUGAAAUCAUGACAAGACAACCCCUCUUUCCUGGCAAAGAUUAUGUUCAUCAGUUGAGACUUAUCACAGAGCUCAUAGGAUCACCUGAUGACGCAAGCCUUGGGUUUCUUCGGAGUGAAAAUGCCCGAAGGUACGUUAGGCAGCUUCCACAGUACCCAAAGCAACAAUUCUCGUCUAGAUUUCCCAAUUCCUCUCCUGGAGCUGUUGAUUUGCUUGAAAAAAUGCUAGUGUUUGAUCCUAGCAAGCGUAUUACAGUCGAAGGGGCACUCUGCCAUCCCUACUUGGCGCCUCUUCAUAAUAUCAAUGAGGAACCUGUUUGUCCUAUGCCUUUCAAUUUCGAUUUUGACCAGCCAUCCUUCACUGAAGAAAACAUUAAGGAGCUCAUCUGGCUGGAAGCUCUAAAAUUCAAUCCAGACCCAACUCAUUGAACGAUUUGCAGAGUACGAUGUAUACUGCUAAAAUACUACAACACAACUUAUGUAGCUCGCAAGUGGAAGCAUUAGAAUAAGUGGAAGCAUCGCAAUCGUGAAACUCUAUUUAGGUUAUGUUAGGGUUUUGUUCCUACUAUUUUUUUUGUUUGGGUGGUAAUGUUUGGACAGUGAAAAUACCACUGUAGUGGUAGAAUAGGUAUACUAAUGAAUAAGGACAACCCAGUGUUGCUGACCUUUAACUAAUGUUUACUUUUUAUUUGGGGCACUUUGACUUCACAAUCAUGUUAUUAUUGGUGUUAAAAUCUGUGGUUUUGUCAUACUACUAAAA